AUGGCGCUGGGGAGUGUCUGCUUUACCCGCUCCCUCCCCGGCCUAGCAGGGGCAAUGCAAAGGUGGCUAUUGCAAAGCCAAGCCCUGUGCAGACCUGGAGCCCUGUACCUGAGAGCACAGAAUGGUGUCAGUUGCAAGAGUUACAAAGGAGAGAGGAAAAACAAAAGCCUAUUCUCAGAAAGAUUAGGAGUGGUCAUCAACCUUGGACUCUCGAAGCAUGCCAUAGACAGCCAGGGACCCAAGAGUGGGCGGGCUGGACUGCGGAGGUGGGUCAGGGACGCACAGCAGAACCCGGAAGACCAGGGGCUACUGGCGCUGGCCGCUGCCCGCCCCUUCCGGCUCCUCCUGGUGGUGAUUAGAGGGCAAGAGCCGAAGUGCUGGAGCCAUAGAACAGCGCUGUUGACGAAUAUCCCACUCAGCGCUACAUCAGGGGUUGGAAAAACCAUACUAGGUGUAGAAGUUGCAUCAAGAUUUGGACUGAAAUACAUUAAUGUGGGUAGUUUAGCUGCAGAAGGGUAGUUGUAUGAUUGCUAUGAUGAAGGGUAUGAUUGUCCCAAUUUAGGUGAAGAUUGAAAUAGUUAUGAGUUGGAUAACCAAAUGAGAGAAGGUGGAGUCAUUGUCAAUUACCAUGGUUGUGAUUUCUUCCCUGAACGCUGGUUUUAUAUAGUUUUUGUGCUGAGAACAGAUACCAGUGUAUUGUACAAAAGACUUGAAACAAGGGGUUAUCAUAAUGAGAAGAAACUAAAGAAUAUUCACUGUGAGAUUUUUCAAGUUCUUUAGGAAGAAGCCACGACAUCCUACAAGGAAUAAAUCAUGCAUCAGCGGCCCAGCAAGAAACCAGAAAAACUAGAAAAUAAUAUAGAUUGAAUCUUGAAGUGGAUUGAGCAGUGGAUCAAAGACCAUAACUCUUUUUUUUUUUAUUUCAGCAUAUUAUGGGGGAUUGAGAACCAUAAGUCUAACACCUUGGUUAAAGUAGAUGAAACAAAUAUAAAUGGAAUCUGGUGUAUGAAGCAAGUUGGCAACCAGAGAACCAUGCCAAGAGAAGGCGCACAAGCAGAAAGGUAG